AUGUUUUCAUCUGCUCGGAGUACUGCUAUAAAUAGAAUUCGGAAUUCGAGACCUGAUGAGAAUGGUAUUACGUUAUUGCCAUCUAGUGUACUACCACCAUCUUACUCUCUCGAGGAUUUGCAUCGAGAGCUUGUCGACGGAAAACAGGAAGGCGAGAAUGAGGAGCUAGAAAACCUCGUCAUCCUUGCCAGCAGCUUGAAGGAAAAUUCGAACAUAUUGAAAAAAGCAGAUGAUGAUAUAUGGCACGAGAAGCUUGAGCUUUAUUUAUCAAAGGGAUUGCUACCUGAUGGAAACAUAUUUUCUCUGGAUAAGAUUGACGAAGAGGAGAAACCAGACGAAGUCCACAAUAUCAAGCAAUCUAAAGAGAAAUAUAGCCUCUGCAUUCUUUCGAUAGAGCACCUACUUAGUGUCUCUUCGAAUACAUCACAACCACCGCGGAACUCGACUCUUCUUUCUCUCAUCCCCUUCACUAGUACCAAUUAUCCCUGGUCGACUCCUCAGUCUCAACUAAUUGCCAUCACAAUACUCGAUAAAUAUGAAUCUUACGCAAAGUCCCCCGAGUUUUUGGUAAAUCAUCUCUUGAGGUCCUUCAUACGUCUCAUAUUUUCCGAAGCCCCCACUCCCGAAUCUAUCACUGCAUCUUCUCGGAAAGCAUUUCCAUCAUCUGCACCACCUCGCCAUUUCAAUAUCCUCGAGUCCUCUCCUUCAAAGCAACCUUGGAGGUCAGAUAUUCCAUACACUAUACCUGUCCUGCAAUGGAUAGUCGAUGUUAUUCCUCCGGAUCUUCUCCGUACGCAAGCAUGGCCUUUAUUAACAACUCCUAUUCUAAUACUCCUCGAUUCACCAUCAAACCCAAUUCGAACUCACGCUCUUCGAAUCCUUCCAAUGCUAUUCUCAAAAAUGGGUGACAAAUUGCUUCAACAAACAGGACUAGGUGAUGUCUUCGAGAAUACCAUCCACCCAGUUUUGUUAUUCUUACCAUCCACGACACCCGUUGAAGAAACACUCAAAUUAUUGCCAGAGGGAUACAAAGCUUUGAAUGCACUUUGUGAUGCGAUAUGGCCUAGUAAGGAAGACGAAGAGGCUUCUACAAGUGUGACCACCAUAGUCAAAAAGAAGCCCUCAAAACACAACACGACCCCUUCUAAAUCACCAGCUCAGCUUCGUCUCGCCUUUCUCGACAGAAUAAUUCGCCAUGCUGUUCUUCCUGCUUACUUACACUGUCAGGAAAUACCUUCCAUAGUUGAAAUACUAAUCGUACAAAUCGGUAUCAUCAUCCCAAAGAUGAGGAUUUCGGGCGUGAAACAUCUCAAGGAUAUAUUGCCUAUCCUGGUCAAUAUCCUGGCGAAUUCAUUCUUCCCAGAUACCUCUCCAUCACUCGUUUUAAAUACGCUGAAGACACUAAGAGAGGUGAUUCUGGUCCUUUGGCCCCGCAUUAGCACUGAUGAACAUCGAUUGGUUAUCAUAAGCGCUUUAACACUUUUAAACUGCCAUAUUUGUUCAAAGGUAGAUUACAAAUCUGAGGAACAGAAAGGGGCAAGUUCGGAGAUUCUGAUAGAACUACUGGAGACAGGAAAAGUGUUUACAGCGGUGGUCCAACAGGCGGGAGAUGAGAAGGAAAGAGCGAGCUUUGAGCAGGAGUUGGCAAGGAUUAUCGAGACUGAUGGAACGCUGGCGAGAGUCUUCCCUAGAUAA